AUGGCUAUAUCUUCCAUUAUCUUUCAAUCACUCAAAAGUCCUGAGAAUGCAGCGCUCCUUCUUCUACUAUCAAUCACCAUAUAUCUAGGUUCGAUCGCAGUAUACAACCUAUACUUCCACCCCUUGGCCAAGUUUCCUGGUCCAAAAUGGCACGCUAUCUCACAUCUUGCCUACUGCCAUAAGCUCAUCCGCGGCACAUGGCCGUUCGACGUGCUCCUCCUUCACGAGAAAUACGGAGACGUUGUCCGCGUCGCGCCCAACGAACUCGCUUUCUCCACCCCUGAAGCCUGGAAGGACAUCGCAGGUCACAGAACGGGCGGUGGCGAGGAGCUAAGCAAGUACGAGGGUUUCUAUAAAAUCAAUCCGAUCGAAGCCAGUAACAUCGUCACCGCCUCUCGAGAGGAGCAUGGCAAAUUACGCCGCGAAUUGGCGCACGGUUUCUCGGAAAAGAGCAUGCGUGAGCAGGAGCCUAUGAUUGGAAAGUACAUCGAUCUUUUGAUCCAGCGUCUCCACGAAAACUGUAUCAAGGGCCCCGUGAAUCUCGGCGCCUGGUAUAACUUUACUACCUUCGAUGUCAUCGGCGACCUCGCCUUCGGCGAACCCUUCGGCUGUCUCGAAAGCUCCGAAUAUCACCCUUGGGUCAAAAUGAUCCUUGAGUCUGCACGUCUCGGCACUGUCUUACAGGCCACCUACUACUUCCCCAUCCUGAAAUUCCUCCUCCUCCUAGUGCCCAUAUCAAUCAAAGAAUCGUCUAUGCGCGCCAGAGAGGCCGCACACCAGAAAGUCGCUAAACGGAUUGAGAAAGGCUCGAGACCGGACUUGAUCAACGGACUACUGUACUCGAAGCAGUCGCUUGGGCUGUCUAUCGAACAGCUUGCAGAGAAUGCGAACACGCUUGUCAUCGCUGGCAGUGAGACGACGGCGACGCUGCUGUCGGGGGCGACCUUCCAUAUCCUGACGAAUCCGGACGUGUUAGCGAAACUGACGGCGGAAGUGCGCUCAACAUUCGCCAGUGACGACGAGAUUGAUAUCAUCAGCGUGGGAGGCCUGAAAUAUAUGCUUGCGUGUCUGGACGAGGCUCUGAGGAUGUAUCCACCGGUACCCAUUGGACUGCCAAGAAUUACAGGGAAGGCUGGGGCGACUGUUUCUGGGGAAUACUUACCUGCGGAUACUGUUGUUGCUGUUUAUCAGUGGGCAUCGUACCACCGCUCCAAGUAUUUCUCCAAGCCCAUGGAAUUCCACCCAGAGCGCUUCCUGGGCGCUGAGGAGUUUGCACACGACAACAGGGAAAUGCUGCAGCCUUUCUCCGUCGGACCAAGAAACUGUCUGGGCAGAAACCUGGCAUAUGCGGAGUCGCGACUGAUCCUCGCACGUAUGGUAUUCAAUUUCGACAUGCGCAUCGCAGAUGAGAGCAAGGAUUGGAACCACGCCCAGAAGAUAUAUUUUCUAUGGCACAAGGGACCACUAAUGGUGUACCUGACGCCGGUGAACAAGGAUGUUAAUAGGCAUGCAUAGGGGUUGAGUUCAGGCUUUGGACUGUUACAUUUGUAUAUACUUGGAAGUCGUAAUUAGACACAUUUUGCUCGAC